AUGUCGACUAUAUGGGAGAGGCCUAUAUGCGUGCACACAAGGGUCAUCCUAGCUGUGGUCAACCAUGCUACUUUCGAAUACGUGGUGCUCACCCCUGAUAAAGACAUCUACGUCGAGGUCCUAGAUGCUUCUAACGAAGACCUGGUCCUUUUUUUCCCUAGUGGCCCCCAAGGAGGAAUUCCCCGAGGUGUAUCUGCCCCGAAUGUUUACUCCUUUGCACCUAUGUCCCCAGCGGAGUUGGCAGUUCACAUGCAGACAGGACGCAGUGUUGCUGAGGAGGAGUUGCGGAGCCGCGGGGGCGGUGGAGAUCCAGGAGCAGGAGCCGGGCCUCUCUGUGGGGAUGAGGUUUGGGUGUUGCAUGACUUCAUCAAAGGGCAUAAGAUGGGCGAGGCAGUUGCGGCCCCGAUGGUGCGCUGA